UUAAAUAAAAAUAAUUGUUUUUUCCAUGAAUAAUAUUUCUGCGUUCCUAGAAUGGUCCAAAGAGAAAGGGAUCGUGUCUAAUGCCUCUGUCAAAGAAACAAAGUAUGCAGGUUAUGGUCUGUUUUCAACACGAGACGCCACAGACGACAGCGAACCUUUUGUUUCCAUUCCUUACGAUUUGAUCUUGACAGCAUCGAAAGCCAUGACUGAUGCCCAGUUUGCUCAGGCCAUCGCUCGAACCACGGAACAAGACAUCACGUCAUUUGCUACUGAAAAUGAACGUCUUAUUUUAUGCUUGUUCUUAAUUUACUGCUCCUUUUUCAACACAAAUACGCCAUGGCAGCCUUACAUGGCCAUUCUUCCUUCCAUCGACUUGUUUAAACAAUCCCACAUCCUUUUUAACCCGGACCUUGUAUCCGGAACAACCUUAGAGACAUCUAUCCGUACCAAACUGUCUAGCCUGAAACGUGAAUAUGACAGCCUAACUCAUGCCGAUGACUGGUUAUCCGAUAUCCAAUUUGACAUGUAUGUGUGGGCUAAUUGUGUCUUUUGGUCGCGCGUGGUAGGUAUUGGAGAAGAUCAAGAACAUGCAACGUCCAGCAGCAUGGCCCUGAUUCCAUUUUUCGAUUUUGCCAAUCAUUCAUCCGAGAGUCCCAAUAUACGUUGGCAGCUGACUGACAAGGGUAUGGAUCUUGUACCUUUUACAUCGAUUCAGACUGGAGAAGAACUUUUGCUAUCGUACGGCUCCAAAUCCAAUCAAGAAUUACUCUUCUUGCACGGGUUUUGUAUCCCCCAGAAUACCGAGCCGUUUCCUGUCUCGAUUCCUUUACUCCCAUUUUUUAACCCUGUGGAAGAAAACUUGGCAAAGAUUCGUUGGUUAAAACAAGUGGGUGUGAAGCCCGCAUUGACGCUGCUGCCACAUUCAAAAGAAGAUGCGUUUUUGGAACGGGAUUCGAUGACGACCAUGUAUCUUGUCGUUUUAGAUGAGGAAAGUGGGCUGGAGAUUUCGUCAUCUGCGAGCGAGAAUGAUGAGGAAAUUGUGUUGUCGCUAGCAGGGGAUGCCGUGGAUUCUUUAAAUGCAUUAGAUGCCAAGGUGAAACAAAUGGAUCUGUUUCCUAUCCUUCAAUUAAGAGUGAUUGUACUCUUACAAGAUGCUUUAGAAUACCAUGUUACGUUGAUUGAUACACCUUCCUCUACAGACUCUAGCGCAUUAGCUCAACAAGCUUCUAUUUAUCGAUCUGAAGAAGCCGCGACUCUUAAAGCCACCUUGGAUCAAUUAACGAUUUUAAGAGACCAGUUAAUGCAACAUCCUACCGUCCUGUCUUAUUUACAAAAUGCAUAACAGAUAAACAAUAAAAUUUAAAAAAAAAAAUUAUUUAUUCGGAAGGUUUAUAAAA